UCAGCUGUGUUUGCGGAAUUGAGGCUCUCUGUCAGUUUUCUGUAUGUAAACUGUUCAUGUCUUGGGUGUAAAUGUGCUUAAAAUGAUAUUCUCACAAAAUACAGUCCGCCUGUGACGCUAAUAUGUCAGUAUGAGAACAACAUGGACAAUGGUAAAGUCAGUCGUGUGUGUCGGCCCUAUCACAUCAGUGAAUCCUCUAAGAUUUUCCACUGGUCUCAUCAGUCUGUGGCAGUCCUCCAGGGUCUGAAUGAGCAAAGGUUGAAAAGUCAGUUCUGUGAUGUGGUGCUGUUGGCAGAUGACCAGUCCAUACCAGCGCACAGAGCACUAUUGGCUCUGUCCAGUCAAUACUUUAAUGCUAUGUUCACUUUGGGCAUGAAAGAGGAACACCAGGUGGAGGUGCAGUUGGUUGGGUUGUCAUCUAUUGGACUCAGGGCUGUUGUAGACUUCCUGUACUGUGCAGAGCUGCGAUUAGAUGGAGGAAACAUUGACUAUGUUCUUGAAGCAGCCCAUCUAUUGCAGGUGUGGCAAGUGGUGGAUUUCUGCUGUCAGUAUUUGGAGCAGGAGGUGACUGAGGACAAUUAUCUUUAUCUCCAGGAGCUGGCUUUGCUCUACAGUCUGGACAGACUUGACACUUUCAUUGACCAUUUCAUCCUCUCACGCUUUGGUACUUUGUCUUUUACGCCUGACUUCAUGAGAGAUAUUCCUCUUCACAAACUGACAAAAUAUCUUUCCAGCAGCCAGGUGGAGCAUGAGAGUGAGCAAGCUUUGCUCCAGGCUGCUUUUCAGUGGUUGAGCCAAAGCCCAGAGCGCACAGCCCAUGCUCCAAAGCUCCUGUCCCACAUUCGCCUGGCGCUGAUGCCUGUGGGAGACCUGGUAGGAUGGGUGCUGCCUGCUAUCCGAUCACUUCUGCCAAAUGAAGCCCAGUGUGAGGCUUUGGUUGAAGAAGCCUUGGCCUACCAUGCUACCCCCAGUGCUCAGCCCCUAUUCCAAACUGGACUCACGUCAUUAAGAGAUGGAGUUGAAAGCCUGCUUCUAAUUGGAGGAGAGGUGUCUGAACGAGGAGAAGAGUUGAGCUCUAAUGUGUGUCGUCUGGAUGCCCCAGCAGGAGUUUGGAAGGUAGAGACUGAACUCCCAGCCCAGCGGAGCCAUCACUGCUUGGCUGUGUUAGGGGGGUUCAUCUUUGCAGCUGGUGGUAGUUCAUCCAGGGAUAAUGGUGGAGAUGCUGCUUGUAAUCUUCUUUACAGAUAUGACCCCUGCCAUAAUCAGUGGACCAAGGGAGCAUCCAUGAACCAGAGGAGAGUGGACUUCUUUCUGGGGGCAGUGGGUGACUGUCUUAUCGCUGUGGGGGGUAGAAAUGACACUGGGGCACUGUCCUCUGUAGAAGUUUACUAUCCUGCUGAAGACAGCUGGUGCUAUGUAGCUGGCCUGCCCAGAUACACCUAUGGUCAUGCAGGGACAGUGCACAGAGGUGUUGUGUACAUCUCAGGUGGACAUGAUUAUCAGAUCGGGCCAUACCGCAAAGAAGUCUUGAGCUAUGAACCAUCUGGAGAAGGUUCUGCGUGGGUGGAGCGGCCCUCGAUGUCUGAGGCCCGAGGCUGGCACUGUAUGGCCUCUGUGGACCAUCUCAUCUAUGCCAUUGGGGGCAGCGAUGACCAUGCAGCCACAACAGAGCGCUUUGACGUCCUACAGGUGGAGGCAUAUGAUUCUCAUGUGGGACAGUGGAGCUAUGUGGCUCCACUACUGCUGCCCAACAGUGAGGCAGGAGUGGCAGUUUGGACUGGAAAGAUUUAUGUUUUAGGAGGCUACAGCUGGGAGGGCAUGGUUUUCUCCAAAGCAACUCAGGUGUAUGACCCUGAUAAAGGAGCCUGGUAUCGGGGGCCUGAUUUGCCCAAACGCAUCGCAGGAGCUUCUGCCUGUGUGUGCACUGUAAGGCGUUCAUGUACAUUAGACUUGCAGAACAGGAAGAAAAAACUUCAGUCAUCACAACCCACGUGACAGCAGUGAGAACUUGGACUUUAUUUAAAUCAAACAAACAUGUCUAUAAAGUGAAAUCAGCUACUGGCUUUGAUAAACUAAAAAGAACAUGAGUAGGUUUGUUGCUUAAAUCUCUGGCAGAAGUGCUGAAACCAAAAUGUUUAAUAUGUUGUACUGUUUGUAAUAAUAUAAUAAUUAUGGGAUAUCAAGCCAAAAGCUUGUAACUAAAGGAAAAUAUCAUUUUGCAAUUUGUUAAAAAAAAAAAAAAAUACAAUGCAUAUUACAAGCUGAUCAAUGGGAUGUUUAUAUUAUUAUAAACUUGUCAAACUGUCAAAAAAUUACAUUACAUUUUUUACAUUAAUUUUAUUAGUGUUUAUACACCAUUUUGUUUUGGGAGUUAGUAUGAACAAAAAGCCUCACACAAAUGGGUAAUAGGGAUGAGAUUUGAUUCUGUAACAAAAAAGUCAUAGAAACAAUCAUUAGAAACAUUAGUAUAGCAUUAAACUGGACAUCAUGUGCUCACUUACUCAGGCAGCUCGCAAGCUCUCCAUUCACGGUCAAGGCCUCUGAGAGCUGCCAUAUCUUCCUCUGUUAGGCUAAAAUCAAAUAUCUGCACAAAAAAGAAAACA